AUGGAUAUAAAGCAGUUUGCUAUUAAUCUUACAUUUGCAAUUAUAGGCUUAGCAUUGACCUUCGGUCUUGUAGGUCUCACAGUCUUCAUGUCUCAUUGGUAUAGCCUUGUAAACGAUCAAUUAAUCGAAGAAACACUCGGAAAAUCAUGGAAGAACGUUGGCUUAUUUGCAUCAAUUUUCUUAACAUUAUCAGUCGUCACAGCCGUCCUUUCUUUCUCAUUCGAAUGGACAAUUAUUUUCUUAGGUAUUUCAGGCGUGCUGCAAAUACCUGCGUUUAUAUUGGUUUGCAUCAUCAUUUCCUAUACAACUAAAAAUGAAUCAGUUAAGAAAACAUUCUUACAGAAAUUCGAAAACGCAACGAAUUAUAAGGAUUAUGCAGGCGCCUGGGACUGCCUAGGAUUGCGAGAAACUGGAACAUGCAAUGAUCCUAAUAAUAAAUGUUGCGAUCCAAGAAUUGACAACCUCGUUUACCACAUCACAACUGCUUGCAAGAACUGGCUCAUUGUUUUCGUUGUAAUUUGGGUUGUUUCAUUAAUAUUACUUGUUCCAAUGAUCAUCUUCUUCUGUGAAACAGGUCACAAGGAUUCUGAAAAUUAA